CGUCGUGGUAACAUGAAAAUCAUGUACUUGGAACAUUCGAGCGAGAUACAUCGCCUUAUGCGGUAUCUCCGGUAUCUCCGGAUUGCCAUUAUCUAAAAAUCCAAAAGUAGCUCCAUCAAUUUCGCGUUUCGUCGCACUCUCGACGGGAGGAAGCAGAAAAUACGCGUUUUUAGGUAUCUGCGACGAAUGAAACGAAAUAUCGGAGAGAACAUGGUUGAAGAGUGAUAUUGUGGAUCGACGAAACAAACAUUCAGUAAAGGAAGGAAAAUCCUUCGUCGACGGACUCGCCAAGCAUGGAGAAUUCUGCCUUAAACCUAGCACACGAGAAACAAAGAAGGGCAGAAGUGUUGUUGCGCGAGGGGAAAUUUGAGGAAGCGGCCAGUUGCCACGAGCAUGUAGCUGAUCUCUUAACGGAAGCUCAUACACAACUUGAGUCUAAUCUUAUCUGUGCCCACACAUCCACUCUGUCGUCUCGAGAGACGUUCCUCACGUCGAUUCAGUCGCUCGUUAGUUUGGAAUCUCUUAGCCUGCAACGAGAUUAUCACAAAAGACAGGCUGCUGUUGUGAGAAUGAAACAGGCGCAGUACGAAGAAUAUAAAGCAACCUUAGAGAAUCAACAGAAAGAUUUUCUCAGUAAACAGAUGGCUAAACAUAGUGAGAAGGAUAACACGGAUGUGAGGCUCAACAAGUAUGAUGGUUCCUUACGUCAGGCCAUAUAUAAAACUAUCGAUGAGCAAGACAGUCUUUUGGGUUUAAUAUCUAUACCGAGUAACGACGAUAAAGCCUUUAAACAUCCAAAGGAUACCGGCACCAUUAUAGAAGAACUCAGGACUGUGAACGGACAAUUGCGAGACCUCGUGGGUAAUUUACUUAGCCAGUUGGAAGCCAAAGAGGAAGAAGUACGGCAAUUGACAGAACGUCUCUAUGCAGUUUCUGUCAAUCCCAAUAACGGUAUCAGAUCGGAAGAGCAUCCUUUACGUCACGCACCGUUGCCACCUCUUGAAAUGCCGCUCUUUGAUUUUACAUCCUCGUAAACUCUAUAAAACCCUUAUAUACAUGAGUGUGUGAAUCAAAAUAUGCUUUAGAAAUA